GAUGUUAUACCGUCCAAAUCCAGAUCUCGGUCAAAACCCACCACUACAACUACGAGCAAAAAGUCAGCAGCAGAUAGGGCUCGUGAGAAGGAGGCGAGAGCCGCAGCAAAAGAGGUCGACAAGGAAACGAAACGUCGCGAAAAGCAGGAAGCCAAGGAGGCAAAGGCCCGCGAGAAGGAGCGAAAUGCUGCUUUGGCCGAGGUCAACAAGCUCCGGACGGACAAGAAGGUCUCGACUCCAGAGAUGAUGGUCGAUAUUCCUUCAAGCUUGAACCCGACUGUCACAACUCAACUCACAGCCAUGCUGGAGCCGCUGGAUGUGCAGUUCACAACUUGGGAAAGUCCUGUUGAGAAUGUGAUCAAGUGGCGCAGAAAAGUCAAGAGUCGCUACAAUGACGAUCUUGGUCUUUGGGAACCGAUCCCACUACGCCUGCAAGACGAAAAGCAUGCCCUUGUUGUCAUGACGGCUGAUGAGUUCGUCAAACUUGCCUUGGAUGAUGAGCUAUCUUCCCACGUUGAAAAGAUGGAAAGACACUUCUCUACUCACCAUAUCCUCUACCUUCUCGAGGGUCUAAUUCCAUGGAUGCGCAAGAAUCGCAACCUUCGCAACCGACAGUUCACUUCUCGCGUACGGGCUCAAGAAGCCUCAGCAUCCAACCCCAGCCGCCGUAACAAGCCUGCCGAGAGUUACAUACCUGAGGAGACCAUUGAGGACGCUCUCUUGCAGUUGCAAGUCAUGCACGAUGUCAUGAUUCACCACACCACGAUCCCGCUCGAGACGGCAGAGUGGAUCGUCAAUUUCACCCAGCACGUCUCGACGAUUCCCUACAGGAAGCAGCGAGAUCAGGCAACGCUUGUCGCUGGGUUCUGCAUGGAGAGUGGACAGGUCAAGACGGGCGAGGAUACAAAAGACACCUACGUCAAGAUGCUCCAGGAGAUCGUGAGAGUCACGGCACCAAUUGCCUAUGGAGUUGCGCAGGAGUUUACCAGCAUCAGCGAGCUGGUUCGAGGACUGGAGGCCGGCGGACCGACGCGUCUAGAGGGCGUGAGGAAGAGUGCAAACAAAGAUGGCACUUUUUCGGAUCGCACAAUCGGCCAGGCAGUCAGUCGACGCAUGUACAAAGUAUUCACGGGACAAGACGAGACAAGCACAGAUGUAUAA